CGGAUUCGUCAUUGCGAAGCCCCGGACGUGUUGAGCCGCGUGGGGCAACCAACACCGGCCCUGGUUCCGGCUGGAGGACAAUCUGUGCCUGGGGAGGUUCGGGGCUGCGCGGCCGGGAGCAGACGUCUGUCUGGGAGGCUCCGGAAAGGCCGGCCCCAAGGCCCCCAAGACAGGACCCUGUCCCGGGACUGGGGACCCCCUUCUUGGGAACCAUAAUUCCGAAGCUUUGACUAAACCAAGGCCGCCAGCACUGUGUGAAGCGAAGUGGGAUUUCGCUCUCAGUUUUGCCAGAUUAACACGAAAACAUCAAUAAUUUUCUGGCUGUGACUAGUAACUUUUCCUCUCUCACAGGUUGGAUCAUAUGUAUUCAAGUAUGGAAAAACGGUGCCAAGUGAUAACUUGAAAAUUUGCUUUAGGUUAGGGGCCACAUACAUGUAUUUAAUGCCGGAUUUGGAGGAACCUUCUUCCAUUAAGUGCAAGCCUUCAUUCCACACACACCCCCCAGCAAUUACAUAUUUUUACUUAUCAGCCUUCAUUCCACACACACACACCAGCAAUUAUAUAUUUUUACUUAUCUCCGUAACAUACUCUACACUUUUCAUAUUUGUUGUAUUUAUUGAUUGCUCCUACUAGAAUGAACACUCCAUGAUGGCAGGGAUCUUUGUACGCUAAUGCGUCUCAAACACCUAGAACAGUUUCUGUACAAGGGUGCCCUCAGAAGCCUCCAGUUGAAACUCCAGCAGAAGCCAGGAAUGAUGGCCGUGGACACAAGAAAGUCUGCUGGCCAGCUGUUCCAAGCCCCAUGGGGUCAGCAGGGGCCUGUGAUGGUGAAAGUGAAGUUGGAGGAAGACCACCUCAGGAAUCAGGGUCUCAGCCUUCCAGAGAACCAGCCUCCUGCCUGGGAGAUCUUCAGGCAGCAGUUUAGACACUUCUGCUACCAGGAUUCCCCUGGUCCCCAAGAAGCACUGAGCCGGCUCCGGGAGCUCUGCCAUCAGUGGCUUAGGCCAGAGACACAUACCAAGGAGCAGAUCCUGGAGCUGCUGGUGCUGGAGCAGUUCCUCUCCAUCCUGCCCCAGGAGCUCCAGGCCCAGCUGCAGGAACAUCAUCCAGAGAGUGGGGAGGAGGUGGUGACCAUGCUGGAGAAUCUGGAAAGAAAGAGAAAUCUUUCAGCCUGUGCUCUGGAACAGAAGAUCCUUUUGCAGACAGUGACACUUAAGACACUAGAUGAAGAAUCUUCAUGUACCAGAGUUCAACCUCCAGCAGUCCAAUUCAAGGGCAAAGGACCUUACCCAGACUUUUUGAUGAGCCCAGAUGGUGGUGUGAGGACUGAGAACCUGACAUUAGAAGUGAAGCAGGAACCUUAUGAAGAAAUAUUAUGGUGUAGGGAGGGGUCUGAUGGACAUCAUGAAACUGUGUGUCAGCAUGCCACAUACAGAGGAGACAGUGAGCCUAGUGGAAGUUUGGAGUUGCAGGAUGAGGAUGCCACAGGUGAAAAAACAUAUGAAUGUGAUGAAUGUAGGAAAACCUUCACUUGGAUAAGAGGCCUUCAGCUGCAUAGGAGGAUCCACAUUGGGAAGAAACCAUAUUCCAGUAUAGAAUAUGGAAAGGCCUUCAUCAGACGUGUAGAACUUACCCAGCAUCAGGGGCUUCAAAGCAAGGGAAGACCUUAUCAGUGUAAAGAGUGUGGCAAAGGCUUCAGUCAGAAAGCAGCCCUCUCCCAACAUCUCAAAAUCCACACUGGAGAAGAGCCCCAUCAAUGUAAUAAAUGUGGCAAAUUUUUUAGUCAGAGAUCAGUUCUUACAAAGCAUCAAAGCCUCCACACUGGAAAGAAACCUUUUGAAUGUAUAUACUGUGGGAAAACCUUCUGCCAUAGUGCAGACCUCACUGAACAUAGGCAAUUCCACAACAAAGAGAAGCCUUAUGAAUGUAAUGAAUGUGGGAAAACCUUCAGGCAGUGUUCAAAUCUUACUGAGCAUCAGCGAAUUCACAGUAAAGAAAAACUCUAUGAAUGUAAAGUAUGUGGAAAAGCAUUCGCUCAGUAUGCAGGACUUAACCAACACCGGAGAAUCCACACUGGAGAGAAACCUUUUGAAUGUCCUGUAUGUGGACGAGCCUUUAGCCGGAGCUCAGAACUUAUAAUACAUCACAGAAUUCACUCAGGGGAAAAACCCUAUGAAUGUGCCGAGUGUGGAAAAACCUUUAGAGUGAACUCAACCCUGGUCAUACAUCAGAGAAUUCACACUGGGGAGAAGCCCUAUAAAUGUGAUGAGUGUGGUAAAGCCUUCAGUCAACACUCAGGCCUCAACAAACACAAGUUAGGAGGGAAGCACGGAAACCCUCCUAAACCAAGAAAAUAUACGUGUGAUAUAUGUGGGAAGACCUUCACGCAGUUAACUGGCCUCAGAAACCACAAAAGAAUCCACACUGGGGAUAAGACCUACCAAUGUCCUGAGUGUGGCAAGGCCUUCACAAGGGGAGAGCAUCUUAUUGAACAUCAGGGGAUUCACAACAAGGAGAAGCCUUAUCAAUGAGAGUGUGGCAAAGCCUUCAGUCAGAAGACCGGUCUUAGUCGUCAUCUCAAAAUCCACACAGUAGAGAAACCUUUCAAAUGUUCUCAAUGUGGGCGAGCCUUCAGCUGUAAGUCAAAUCUCAAUAAACAUAAGAGAGUCCACUCUGAGGAAAAAUCCUAUACAUUUAAGUAGUGUGGGAAGGCAUACAAGCAGAGAGCAAUACUGAUCCAACAUCAGAGAGGCCACAUCCUACUAAGCCCCAGCAGUGGUGAAUGAGGUGAAGCCUGCAGUAGAAGCUCAGUUCUGAUUAAGCACCAGAGAAUCCACUAAAAUGACUCCUUGCCAAGGUGUUUGGUGACAACUUCAAGUACAAUUCAGAAUUUUUUAAAAUUGAGAUAAAAUGUUUCUUGAACUUCCUUAUUUAAAGAACGUCAGAGAUAACACAUUGAAAAGUUGUUUAAAGGUCAUAAAUGCUGGAAAAAUUGAGAUUUUGGAAAAAUAAACAUCAACAAGAAAUUUA